CUGGAAUGCUUGACAUGCAAACUUCAAAUUCAAAUUACUAUAGAACUUCAUGGAACUCUCAAGCGAGCAGCACUACAGAAUGAUUGAUCCUCAUCAUUACCGUUUACAGUUACCUUUGUAAAGCGUACCCCCAAUAUGUAAGCAUCUAAACUUAAUUCGAUUCUUAACAGAAACCAACAUAUUAAUACAAAAAUGCAACAGCAUUAUCUCACAAAUCAAAAACAAACUGUUCCCUGACCAACAAAAUUACGAUACCCAGCAGGUCAGGUGACAACAUACAUAGAAACUGAACCUCAUAGAGAAUACAUCAUCUCCCACCAGCAUUCACUCCUAUUUAGGCCCGAUAGCGAAUGACAACUUCGGCCUUGACUUGUUCUUACCCAACAACUUUAUCUGUUUUGAACGUUCUUCCUCCUCUUGUUGUUUCUUUCUUCUCAUUGCUUCCUCCUUCUGUCUUUGCAACUCUUCUAGUUCCCUAUACCUUUCCUCUUCUCUCCUCAUCUGCUCCAGGGCUUCCUUCCUUAGAGCUUCUUCCACUUUCCUCUCUUUCGCUUCAACUAUCCUCUCCUGCAUUUCCUUCUCUUUAUGUGCUCUUUCCUAGGAGUGCACACAUCAGCAGGACACAACCAAGCAUGUUAUACGACUUCCAUACAUACUAUGAUUAAUCAAAUAAAAUCCACACCUAUCUUUGAUUAAGAAUAAUUCUUUCGCAUGCUAGCUAUUAGUUAUGCACAUGUAGUACUUCUUUGCUUGAAUAUAUGAACGUAGAUUAUGCAUAACAAACAACACUCUCAACUUUAUUUAUGUGUAAUUAAGCGGCAACAAGAAAUAAUGGGAACCAGCCACUAGAUUGGCAGACAUCCUUUUUCGCAGCACCUCAAGGGUUCUGAUCCCAAUUCAACAGUUAUGCGAGAAACACUUAAACUAAUCACAUGUCCUAAUCAUGCCACCUUCAGAUCAGACAGUUUUAAUAAGAGAUGUGAGAUAUUACCAGGAAUCAUUUUCCUAUUAUCAAAGGGUAGAUAUUCAUGUCUAUCUUGCACAUCCAUCACAAUGAGUACCUCAAUUUGUCUCGUUUCGGUAGCAACAGCUUCCUUUUCUUUCUUAAGUUGAGCAGCUACUUCAUCCAUUAGUGCUUUCCGUCCUUCGUUUAAAUGUCGUUGUAAAUACUGCUUAAUCUCCUCAGAGGCCAAGCUCUCCUCAACUUUCCUCUGGAUAGCUUCUUCCAACCUCUUUGCUGUCUCUUCUACUACUAGCUUAACCUCUGCUUCAUGUUGCUGCCUGAACAUAUAGAAACAAGUUAAUCCAGCAAGUGGACACUCAUUUAGAGCAAAGAGAGGAAACCUCCUUCAGUCCCAUUUCUCAUAUCCCAACAAAUGCUAGCCCAAAACAGUGAUUGACACUGCAAGUGCAAGCUCACUUGUGCUAUUCCACUCUUCCGAUCUCUGUUUUUUCUACAAAUCUACAAUAUAACAACUGUGAACUAUAGCAUACUAACCUUCAAGGUGAUGACUUUUCUACAGAUACGCUUAUGCAUCAUGAAGAAUUAUAGCAUACCUCUAACUGAAAUCUGAUCAAGCAAUGAGUACUAAAUUUUGGUGAACAAUAGGUAAAGGAAGCUUCCAAUUUCAUCACCAAAUAUUACAAGUGCAAAAUCUUCUUCAGAAAUCCUGUGGAGAAAAAGUCAAGUAACUUGCUACAAAAGCAAGACUACUCCAAAAAAUAUUAUAUUACUUGCGAUAAAAUAGUACAUCUAUCAUUGGAAAACAGAGGUCGUGAAUAUGUUAAAAACAAUAAAGCAAAGAGAGACCCAUAUUCCCUUCUGUAAAACAUUCAUGGAUUAACAUAGAGUUCAAUGUAGAGCCAACCGUAACACAAGAAAACUUUCAAAUAGAGCCUAUAAUAUCCAUUAAACACUACCAAAGUCUCAGUUGGAGUCGAUAAUAUCCAAAUGAUUGAUUUCCGGUUUACUCAACGCAAAUCAAAAAAAUUAAUUGGGUAGUUUAACACUGUAUUUUUUAUCCAAUUGAAUCCCCGUAAAGUUUACUUAAAGUAAUGAAUAAUUGACUUCUAAUGAUUAAGGAUCCAUACCUACGAUGAUGAAUUUAAUUGUUAUUGAGUUUUGUCAACCAAGAAAACUCGUGUUGGCUGAAUUAUAUGAAGCCAGUAAACAAACCGCAAAACCGUGGGUAUCUGAGCAUGAAUACCCGGAGGCAUACCAAAAUUAUGUCAAAGCACAUCCUUUUACUUGUCUUUCUAGUAAAAGAAAUGUGUGAUGUAAGUUAUUUAUGGGUUAUUCUUCUAUAUAUGGCUAACACAUCCAUGUUAAUCUUCUUUCACAGAUAAGGAAAGGAAUCAAUCAUACAGCAGGUUGUCUUCCGGAAGAAAAAAUCUCAUAGUCCUCUUUCGGGACCGCUAUGUUGUUGCAGUCUAUUACAGUAACAAUUUAUGUCAUUGAAGGCAAUGAUGAACUUCCCAAAAUUACAAAUGCAAGAUAAAAAUUUGAAAGAAACGUGACAAGUGCAGUCUAAGAAGCAUUCAGGUCUAGCAUAUACCUUUUCCUCUCCUCAUCUUCUUCUUUUCGAUCCUUUUGACUGUUUAUUUUCAGCUCCGUAUGCCCAGGACUUGGAAUAGAAGAAUCACGAGUAGGAGACAAGGAGAAACUCCUGCUUCUAUGCUUCUUAGGGCGCCUUGGAGUUGGUGAACGAAGUUUAUGGCGUCUUUGUUUUGGAGAGCGAGACCUGCGGCGCCGUGGAGUAAUAGAGCUGCUUCUCCUUCUGUACAGAACAAAGAUAACAUUGAGCGACAACAGGAACUAAAGCCAAAAACUAACAUUGUUAACCAAACUCUUGUUACCCCACAGUCUAGCAUAUGGUAAAAAGCAUAUACAGUUACCUCUAUACGGUUAAGAAAUAUCAUACUGAGCUCCACUGUUUUUCACAUGAAGAAGCUCAUAUCACAAUCGAGCAACGAAAGGAUACCCAUCAGCCCCAUCACCUGUUCAGUUCCCACGUUUGCAAUGUCCUUUUCUUUUCUCUUUUUAAUACUUCUAUAACAUUAAACCACAGUCCAAAGCAACUUUCAUGCAAUGACUGCUUAGCCCCAAACAUGGAUGACAAGAAAUACUUAGAACUACAUUAUAAUUGGGUAAGAUCACAUUCAUAAAAUUCCAAUAGAACAAAUGACACAGGAAAACUGCUUAUAGCAUUACUGAAAUGACCACGGCACUUGAAAAUCAGGAAUAGGGCCAAUGGAGAAAGGGAAAGCAUCAAAAGAAUCUGAAGAGGAUGACCCCAUGGAGAAAUAGGAACAUAUCAGAAGCGAGUAGGAAAGAAUCGCUUCUGCUUAGGAACUUGAUCACAUAGUGCUUCUGCAAUGGUUGAUAUGUAAACUCCACUUAGCUACAUAUAUUAAAAUGUUUUGAGAGUAACUCAGCAGCAGCAUAUCCAUCACUCUGCAGCAAAUCAAAUGACCACUCCUAACAUGAAAAGACGACUCCAUCCAACUUUUAAUAGAGCAAAUGCAGACAGGGAGCGGGGGAAACUACUUAUAUAAGGCCCUAUAUCAAAAGAAUUCCUCAACCUGAUAAUUUGUUGUUGGAAUGAAUUCUCAAAUUCCUGAUCCGUGGACAUACAACAUGUCAUUUGGGUAAAUCGCUAAUCCUAGUACUUGCAACUAAAACCUCACUGGAAAAACAGAGACCAAAUAUAUUUUGGAAAAGAAGUAAUUUGGUGUUGAUAAAUUAAUAAAGGAAGAGAUUUGUA